GGUCAGCGCCUGGUGGAGCGGUAAAAGUCGUCCGUCUGGUAAAAAGUGGUGGUAACAUCUCCGGCUGAAGCACGAUUUUAGCAGUGUGCUCAUGGACCGUGUAGCUAUGUUUAACGUUCAUUCAUCGUUUCGUCUUGCUGCUCUGACGGACGAGUAAAUUAACGAGUUCGGGCGUCGGCUCGUCACAGCGAAGUGCGAAUAUAUAAUCAACGAUUUACCAUUCCGCGUCCAUAACUUUAAAAGUGUCUCAUCGGCGAUACGCGGUAGCAAAACGCUUCUCAUAUUAGCCAUCUGUGAUAUAAUACUUUAUGUAUCCUGUUGAAAGUUUAUAGGUUAAUCCGUUACCGGUGAUAUCAGUGCAACGUUUUACUAUAUUUAGACGUUAGACUGUGCUUGUUUUCUGUGAUUAAUCUGAUAGUUUUGGACUGGAACGAUGGAGGCGUCAAUGGGCUAUAACCUCGACGUAACGCCAAUUAACUAUUCGUAUAUUUUUGAGUUCGAAAACGAGUUCAUUCAUCAAAACUCUAGGAAAUGGAUGACUGAGAAUUGGACGGUCGCUUUCUAUUAUGUGGGAGUAUACAUGGCAUUCAUUUUCGGAGGACAAUAUUACAUGCAGAAUCGACCCAGGUUUGAGUUGCGGCGGACGCUUAUAAUAUGGAACAGCGCGCUUGCAGCCUUCAGCAUCAUGGGCGCGUGCCGGACGCUCCCGGAGUUCCUCCACGUGCUGAGGAACUACGGCAUUUACCACUCCAUCUGUGUACCGAGUUUCAUCGAGCUCGACAAAGUAUCCGGGUUUUGGACGUGGAUGUUCGUGCUGUCGAAGCUGCCCGAGCUGGGUGACACGGUGUUCAUAGUGCUGCGCAAGAAGCCGCUCAUCUUCCUGCACUGGUACCACCACAUCACCGUGCUGCUGUACACAUGGUUCUCGUUCACGGAGUUCACAUCCUCGGCGCGCUGGUUUGUCGUCAUGAACUACUGCGUUCACAGUGUAAUGUACACGUACUACGCGCUGGUCAGCAUGGGCCGAUACCCGCCGAAGAUGUUCGCCAUGACCAUCACGGUACUCCAGCUAACGCAGAUGAUCGUGGGCACCGCAGUCAACAUAUGGGCUCACAACUACACUGCGACCGCACCACCGCACUCCUGCGGCAUUAGCCAAAUCAACAUCAAAUUGUCUAUGGCCAUGUAUUUCUCAUACUUCAUCCUGUUCGCGCAGUUCUUCUACAAAGCGUACCUCUCCCCGAAACCCGGAAAGAAGGAGAGGAAAGAAAAGCCGGAACCCCUUCCGGACAUCUCCGGAUCGGUGACGAAAAAUGUAGAAUAUAACUUUAACGGUAAUUUGAGACAGAGGAACGGUGUUGUGCACUAGGCUGUAACUCUGUGUAUUGUGAUAUGAUUAGUAUUUGUACAGCGUUAUAAGCGGUCGCCGAUUGAACUGUUUCCGAUUCUUUUUACGUCCAAAUUAUUUUUAAUUUAACGUUUAUUAUGUAAAAACUGUAUAUAAAAGAAACUCUUUUUACCUAUUGUUAGGUAUUUGAAUGUAUUAACGUAUAAUUGUGAAUGUUUGAACGUGCUAGGACUUAGUUUAUAAAAGUCGAAAUGAACCUUGUUUUGACCAUCGACUUUUGCGGACAAAAAGAAAACAAUAGAACUUGAUAAAUUAAAGCCCGGUAUCGAGACGAUUUUAUAGCAUAGAUCACACCGUGCUGCUCCUAUGCGGUUUGGUGGGCUAUAUUAUUACAGGUUAGUGAUAGUUACCGGGACUGACGGCUUAAAGUGCUCUACAAGGCACGGAACCUGACUACUACGGUUACUGAAAAUUCUUAAACAGAAAAAAAGAUGUAUAUAAAACAAUUCUUCGCAGGCAGGCAAGGCAUUUGAUAAAGAAAACUGAAUUCAUUAUUAAGGUCGAACUUAUCUUGGUUUUAUCUUUUAUUUUGCUUUUAAUAACGUUUAUUUGUAAUACUUAAUGUGUGUAAAUAACUCUGACGUUGUUUAAAUUCUAAUAUAAGAUCAUGACAUAAUCCAAAUGCAAGACUAGAUGAAGUGCAAUUGCACUCAACUAGGUAUCAAAACUCUAGUGCAUGUAUACACUAUGACUGUUUACCUAUUCUUAAAACAUUGGCCCUUUUUUUUGUAUAAUGUCUGCAUUGGUAAAAAAUAAUAAAAAAAAAUUCUUAAGAAAUUAAUGUGUAAGAAACAUCCUUUAUCGAGAGUAAGCGGUAUUGUGCGGCGGCGGUAUUAAUUAAAUGUUUAAUUUUUAAUAAGCGUGCUUACAAACCAAACCAAGUGUUACAGUCUCACUUUUUCUAUUCGCACACAAUAUAGCUAUUACCGACGAAGCGUGCGAUUAUUAGAAAAAAAACCGUUAAUCAUUACAACGUGGUUAAAGUAGUAUAAACGAUUAUACACAUCAUUAAUUUCCAAUUUUUAUUGAUUCAUAAACACAGUAUAAAAGCUUAACGAUUAUAGUUCGCAAAUGGAUAUAAUUGGUUUUAACCUACAUA